CUGUGGUAUCCCGCCGGCUCACGGUUUCAGGCACCAACUCAAUUUGAUGAUUCAUUGACAUUUCGAACUACGCCUCAUCGUCCGGCAGAUGUCUCCGCAGCAAACAAGAUGACCCUGGAGUAUCUGAAUACGCGACGGUAUUAGCGAUGGCAAGAGCGAAGACAAGGAGGCAGUGGUGACAUGAUCCGGCGGACCAUGCAUUGUCUCUGAUACCACAGCAUCGCUCAUUAUUAGUGCGUUAGGUGAUAUGUGGAGGUGAAUAUCAUUCGGCGCUUAUCUCGCUAUCACCUCGACUGUAGACGCCAAAUGCUGAUCGGAUUCGUGUGUUGCGUCCGAUGCCCUGCCACCCUGCGGCGCGCAACCACGCAGUGCAUAAUGACGUCCCCCAUCUACAUCUGUCAGGAGCGGAAGUUCCGUGGUCGUCUGGUCUGUCUAGGCGUUAGACCCUGCGACUGCUCGUCGCUAGCCAAGCAAGCUGCGAGUGCGCUUGCCGGGGCGCACGUUGGGCGUUUUCUGUGCCUGGGUCGGGGCUCUUCUACCGCCUCCGUUGUUACAUCGCUGCUGAGCGUGCAUCCGUUCCUGCCAAGAGCGCUUCGCUUAUGCGCGGACUAGCUGUACAUGACACAUGCCACUGCCAUCGAGCUAAUACGGGGGGAGGCAUCGUAUUCACGAUGGUGCGUCUGUCACGGAUGUACGGUAUGGAUGAGGCCUUCUGGAGGUACGCGUUCUACAGGAGUAGGGUAUAAUUAUCGCGGGAGCGUUCAAGCUGUCAUCGAUUCGAUGUGUACAACAUCGGACUUGAGCGUUCUCGAUCCUAAA